UUCACAUCGACCGAAACCUAAGCUCUAGCUAGCAGCUAGCUAUAUACCAUAUAUACUAUUUCCUCGUGAUCAGUUCGUUCAUCAGCGAUCAACCGACGAUGAGGGAGCUGAUCCGGCGCCUGAGCUUCUCAGACCGGGUGAGCGACGGCAGCGGCGGCGUGCCGCGCGGGUGCGUGCCGGUGCUGGUUGUGGGCGACGGCGACGAGAAGUGCGAGCGGUUCGUGGUGCGGGUGGAGGCUCUGCGGCACCCGUCGCUGGCAGCGCUGCUGGAGAUGGCGGCGCAGGAGUUCGGGUACAAGCAGGAGGGCAUCCUCCGCGUCCCCUGCGCCGUCAACAAGUUCAGGCAGGCGCUCACUACCGCCGCCGUCUCCAAGAACUACUGAUUAGUAAAUUAAUUCUCCAGCUGAUCAAUCAAGCAGACCGACCCCCGAUCGAUCCAUUGACUUCCUGGGUACUUGAGGAGCGAUUCUUUGGUCCAUUUUGAUUCUCCUGGCGAGUUGACUCUCUUGCGCAUCUUUUCUUAACUUUCCAUUUUGAUUUCUUCUGGUUGGGGAAUGACAUGAAAUGGUUGCCUGUAUGCAUGUGCGAUGUAUAAGGCGCACUGUAAAAAAUUACA